AUGUUUGAUCAGUAUCCUGAUUAUAAUUCAAACUUUGAACCGGAUAUUUCCGUCUAUGGUGGACUGACCUAUGAGAUUGUGAAUGAGAAUUUGAACCCUAUCACCAAGAUCCCAACCUUGAACAAAUUCGUCUCUCCUAACGCUCUCAUUGUCGAUCGCUCCAAGUUUGCCUACUUCUUUACCAACGAGCCAGGUAUCACCGAGUUUGUGAACUACAACCUCACCUUCACCCAGUCCGGUUCAUCUGGUAUCUACCAAGUCGAUAACCAAGUGUUCUUCCCAUUGGACUAUAAGGGAUUCGAUGAGAAUUCAGACUAUCAACGAUGGACCGAUAGAAAUGGAGAAUAUCACAACUUCCAUUUCUGUAUGAAGAUGAACUCAUACUUCACAUUCGUCGGAAACGAGGUAUUCAACUUCAGAGGUGAUGAUGAUGUUUGGGUGUUCAUUGACAACAAGCUUGUUGUCGACCUUGGUGGUAUCCAUGCUGCCGAAUCUCAGAACAUCACUCUUAGGGAUCUUGACCUAACUCCUGGUAACACAUAUGCCUUUGACUUCUACUAUUGUGAGAGACAUACCUCCACCUCCACAAUAAGGAUUGACACCAACCUUGCUGUCAAGUGUCUUUACAUUGACUACUGCGGUGUCUGCAACGGUGAUGGAACUUCAUGUUGUAACGCUGCCUCCCAUUGUAACGACCGCGAUCCAUGCACCAUUGACAAGUGUCCAUCCGUUAAGACUCCAGGUAUUACCUCGUCCAACUGGAAGACAUUCUGCACCCAUACUCCAAUGACUUGCACUCAGAACAGCACUUGCUACAACUAUGGUUGUGUUGGUGGUACUUGCAAGAAGACCUCAGACAAGACCUGUCCAGCUCUCAACUGCAAGGUGUUGGACAAGUGUGACGUCUCGCUCGGAGGUUGCCAGUACAGGCCCAAAUGUGUUGCUCCAGACGCCUGCACAACCGUUGUCUGCAACCCAAAGACCCAGAACUGUGACACCACUCCAGUGAACUGCAAUGGUACCGACCCAAUCUGCACUGACUACUCAUGUGACAAUACCAAAGGAUGUAUCAGCAAGCCAAAGACCUGUAUCCCACAGGCUGGACCAGCACCAUGCACAAUCUACUCCUGUGAUGCAAGUGCAGGAUGCCAGACCAAGUUGCUCAACAGCACUGAGUGUGGAUGUUGUGAUCCAACCAAGACACCAAAGUGCAAGGUUGCCAACUGUGACACCAAAUCUGGCAAGUGUGCCUACACCGACGUUGACACCAACGACAACGAUCCAUGCACUGAUGACACUUGUGAUCCAGUGACUGGAGUGAUCAGCCACACACCAAAGUCUUGCAGUGGAUGCCAGACAUGCUCCAAGGCUGCAGGUGGCUGCACUGACACUGCCUCCCAAUGCAACAAUGGCAAUGUCUGCAACAUUGGAGUAUGCACUAAUGGCACAUGCUCGUACCUUCCAACCUCUUGUGAUGAUGGCAACCCUUGCACUGAUGACACUUGUGAUCCAUUGGAUGGAUGUGCUCACAACGCCACCGUGUGUCCAGACCUCGGUUUCUGCCAAGUUGGUAUCUGUUCAACUACAGGUGGAUGUGGUCUCGCCAACAGGACAUGCACUCAGCCAACAGACUUCUGUCAAGAUGUCCUCUGUGAUCCGCGUCUCGGAUGUAUCACCUUUGCCAAGACCUGUAUUCCAUCCAACCCUGAUUGCCAAUACGGUGUCUGCAACAACGAGACACAGAAGUGCGAGUUCCACGACUACUCACCAUUGCCAUUCGGCUGUAACAAGGCUGCUGUCAUCUCCACCGGUGUGAUUGCUGGUAUUGUUGUGGCCGCUGCCGUCGCCGCUGCCAUUGCUGUGUUCGGUGGAAAGAAGGGAUAUGACUAUUGGAAGAACUCUCGUGAGAACAAGGUCACCUCGCUCAACAGCAACCCACUCUACACUCAGAACCCAGCCUCUGGUAACAACCCAAUAGAUAAUAAGAAGGCCACAUUGGAACAGGCAUUCAAUCAUUUAACAGAGAGAUAUGAAAGUGAUGUUAUCAUCAACAAGUAUUUGGUCGCCACUGAUGGCGACUAUGCAGAUUGUCUGUCGCUGAAUCAACAGUCAAGGAAGCAUAGCUCAUUGAUGGAGUUGUUGCAGUCAAUGUUCAUGCCAUCGGGCUACCCGGACAGUGUCACCGAAGACUACUUUGCCUAUCAAUUCUGGGAUACGAUGCAGGCACUCUGCUCCUCGCUCACUGGUGUGCUGUCAACACGCGCAAUCCUACGCGGCUAUGGUGUUGGCAAUGCUACCGCUACCGUGUCAUCCGCUGCCCUACAAUGGGUCAUAAGAGAUGGCGCUGGCAUGAUUGGACGUAUUUGGUUCGCAUGGCAAAAGGGAACCGAGCUGGACUGCAAUGCCAAGACAUGGCGAUUCGCCGCAGACAUACUCAACGACGCUGGAAUGACCCUGGAGAUGCUGUCUCCGCUCUCGCCCACGCUCUUCCUGCCCCUAUCCUGUGCGGGCCUUGUAUGCAAGUCUCUAUGUGGCGUGGCCGGUGGUUGCACCAAGGCCAGUCUCACACAACACUUUGCCAAGCGCGACAACCUUGCAGACGUGUCGGCAAAGGACGGCUCACAAGAGACAGCCACAGCACUUAUCGGCAUGAUGCUUGGUGCACUUCUCUCCUCAUCGAUCCCUGAUGGCAACGACUCCUUUGCGACACUGAUCACAUGGGCAGCGUUCUUAUUGUUCACAAUGCUACACAUCCUUUGCAAUUACCGUGCUGUGUCCAACAUCAGACUAUCAUCAAUCAAUCGCUACCGUGCCCAUCUCAUCCACCGCGACUUUAUAAACAAGAAUGGCGCAAUCUCUUCGCCCAACCAGAUUGGUGCCAAGGAGAACGUAUUGUUGCGCACAAGGGAUGCCCCCAUUGAACUCGGAUGCUCACUGGCCAACGUCAUUGAACACAAGAAACGUUGGAGCAACGAGUUGAUCAAUCUUCCAAACUAUGGCAAUGAUCAUUACAGGAUAUGGGCCAACUUCAAUGAUAGUCACAGACAUGUAUUCAUCGCAUUGUCCGAGUUGGCCAAGCCAAAGGACAUCAUAGAGGCCUACUUCCUAGGCCUGGCAGCUGUCAAUAGUGCCAAUCUUGGCGAUCUGGAGUCGAAUCGACUGGCCACAAUCAUCAAGGAUCACCAGUUUAAGCAGCUGUUAAAGUCGGCAGGCUGGCGUCUGGACAGGAUGGUGUUGAAUCCCCGUGGAUGGCGAUACUCGUUGGAGCAACAACAACAAGACAAGAACAAGAAGAAAGAUUGA